GCCACAACCAUUUCUUUUCCUCUCCUCUCUUAAUUUGAUUCAUGUUAAAACAAAUUUCAAUAAUAUUUUUUUAGAAGAGGAGAGAGAAAGAGAUAGAGAACCCGUUCUUCUUUUUUUCCAUUAACAUUUUCAAUCUCUUUCACCUAAGACACGUUCCUCUUUCCAUUCCUUUCUUCCUCCGUCCCAUUCUCGAAUUGGCGUGUGCCUCUUGCUAUCCCUCAAAGGUUGUGCUAAGGAGGUUGAAUCCGAGAAUUUCAUUGCGUUUUGCUUUGCGUUGACUUUUGUGGAUGCAGAAGAUAACUGAUAAAUCUGAUGAUAGGAUCACUGGGGUUGUGAAUCAAUGCAUGUUGGGAAGUCUUUUGAAGCAGAAGAAUGGACUUCUUUACUAGAGACAUAAAUGAGGACUCUAUGCUUAGAUGUCCAUUCUUGAGGAACAUCAAUGAGCCUACUAACUUCUCAUUCUUUUCACCUUUGGCUUUACCAAUGCCUGUUCGUGGAGCUAAAGGUCCAAUUUUUGAAGAUGGUCCCAAUUUUGAUUUGGCAUUUAGGCUUUUCCACGGGAGUGAUGGUGUAGUACCCUUAUCUGACAGAUCUUUUCGGCCUUCUGAGAAGAAAGUACAGGCAGAACCUCCCAAAUCCCAAUUCAAUCCUUUAGCUGCAAAGGCAGCAACUAUUAGUCUGUCAUCAUUUGGAUUUGGCGGGGCUUUCGGUUUUGAUGCAUUUUCUGAGAAGUGGAACAACCAGAAAAGAAAAUCCAAAUCAUCAAAAAAUGAACCUUCUUCACAGGAUGGUUCAAAGCAUGAGGCCAACAAUGAUUGGCUUCAAAAUGGUAACUGCCCCAUUGCAAAGUCAUACCGAGCAGUUAGUAAUGUCCUUCCACUUGUUGCAAAGGUCAUUCAGCCUCCUCCAGGCAUAAAAUACAAGUGCCCACAAGCAGUAGUUGCAGCGCGGGCAGCUAUUGCACGCACUGCAUUUGCAAAGAACCUCCGUCCUCAGUCCCUGCCUACGAAGGUCCUCGUGAUUGGGAUGCUGGGCAUGGCGGCUAACGUUCCCUUGGGUAUAUGGCGGGAACAUACUAAGAAAUUUUCGCCGACAUGGUUUGCUGCAGUCCAUGCAGCUGUUCCAUUCAUAGCAAUGCUAAGGAAGUCUGUCUUGAUGCCUAAAUCAGCAAUGGCAUUUACUAUCGCGGCAUCGGUGUUGGGGCAAGUAAUUGGUUCGAGAGCUGAGAGGUACAGGCUGAAGGCAGUUGCUGCAAAAAAGGUGUCUAUAACUGAAACCUCUGGUGUUGGUCCUCUCCUGUUACCAGUGGCUACUACAAAAGACAAGCACUGUGGUGAUGCUGUGGAUUGGAAAGCAGUUUCUCUUCAGCUGGCAGCAACUUCACCAACUGAUGUAUUUUGUUGAUGAUUAAUUUGUUGUGUGUAAUUUGUCUCUAUUGUUAUCCGAGUGUGCAAUUAGUUACCACUUUUUCGGUGCUCCCAUGUCACUCUGAAUGCCUCAGUUGGCAGUAAUAAAAGUAUUGAUGUUUUGUCAUUUAGAUUUUUUUUUCUCAUGUUCAAACAUAAUAAAUAAUUAAAGAAAAAGCCAAUACAAAACUAGUGUCAGUAUUCGCUUUAUUUGCUCCUUUCUUCAA